AAACAAAAAUUAUACAGAUUGUUGCAUACUUUAAUGAAUGUCAUUGAUGGCUGCAAUCGAUAAAGUUAAGAUUAUUGUUGUCGGAGAUUCUGGUGUUGGAAAAACAUCAUUGACACAUUUAAUAUGUCAUCAACAACCCAUCAGCAGUCCUUCUUGGACUAUAGGUUGCUCAAUAGAAGUUAAAUUACAUGAAUAUAAGGAAGGUACUCCUAAUCAGAGAAGAUAUUUUAUUGAAUUAUGGGAUAUUGGUGGGAGCCAAAGUCAUAAAAAUACAAGAUCUGUUUUUUAUAAUCCAACAAAUGGUAUUAUAUUAGUUCAUGAUUUAACAAACAGAAAGUCUCAACAAAAUCUGCAAAAAUGGUUGGAAGAAGUUUUGAGCAAAGAUAACAGUCAUACAAAAUUAAAGCCAUUUGAUGAUUUUGAUCCAGAAAGAUUUGUGGGAUCCACCCAGAUACCAAUAUUAGUUAUUGGCACAAAAUUAGAUUUAGUGGCAGAGGUAAGAUCAAGUGUCCAUAGACGUUCUUCAACUAUUGCAGAAGAAUGCGGUGCUGAUGAAAUAUUUUUGGACUGUCAUCAAGUGAGAUCAUUAGCUGCUGGUUCUAGCUCCUCUGUCAAACUUAGUAGAUUUUUUGAUAAAGUUAUAGAGAGACGCUAUUACUCAUCAAAGGAAGGAAUCAGCCCUGAUAAACGGAGACUACCAAUGUAUAGUUCUAAACUUUAUCACAACGAUUGAACGUGAAUGCAAAUU